AGGGUGGCUGUGUGGCAGGACAGCUGACUACAGUAGGACAACAGCAGUGCUUUUUACUGGGACAGAAACUCAAGGAAGAAUACAUAUACAAAGCAAAGCUCAUCACAGAAGAUUUUGAUCCCAGCAGAGUUUUGGGUCGGUCAACAAAUGUCCAAAGGACAAUAGAAAGUUUACGAUGUGUUAUGGCUGGAAUGUUUGGUGUUCAAAAUCUACGGAAAAUAGCUCCUGUGAAGGUGUAUGUUGCUGAUUCAAAAGACGAAGUCCUAUUUCCUAGCAUUCAACGUUGUCAUGUAUUAAAACAAAACAACCACUCAGUGCUAUUUCACAUUGCUGAUAAACCUGAAUAUCUGCCAUACAGACGUGAGCUGGAGAAAGUUUUUGGUGUAAAUUUUAAAGAUCAUGUAGGUUUAAAUUUUGUUGGUAUUCGUGAUGAUUUAGUAGCACGUAAGGCCCAUGGUCUACCAGUGCCUCCCUAUGCCUUGCCUCUAUGGGACAUGAUAGAACUAAUGGCUAGCAAGAUGAUGUAUGCUACAUUUUGUGGUCAGCACAAAGCAGAGCGUCAUUUGAUUACGAGACUAUCAACUGGACCCCUUAUGACCUACGUGAUGGAUAAUAUACGAGACCUUGAGGAAAAUAAACGGGAUGCUAAGAAGCUGUUCCUGUUCGCAACACAUGACUCCACGAUAGUUGGGAUGCUAGGGUUGCUGGGUAUAUGGGAUGAACAAUGGCCGCCCUACUCAGUAGAUCUGCGAUUUGAACUGUAUGAAAAUGAAAAAAAUGAAAAGUUUAUUCAAGUUCUCUAUAAAGGAAAGCCAAUGAAAGUUCGGGGAUGUGACUCAACGUUAUGUUCCUUAAAACAGUUCAGACAAGCCAUGAAACCUUUCAUGAUACGUGAAAAAGAGUUUCACUCGAUCUGUAAUUCUGAUAUACUUGAACAAAUUGAUAAAGAAAUCAAAGAGGAGGAGAAAGGUGAAAUUCAGACUGAGGAGGUUCGGGAGCAAUCAGAAACACCAGCAGGAAUGUGAUGUCUGGACAUUUUAACAGUACAAUCAAUUUGUCUUUCACAUAUCACUUAUAGUGUGAUUGGGUCCCUAUGGUUUUCAGGGAAUCAUGAUCAUAAGAGCCCGUCCUCCCUAGUCAGUGGGGACACUCCUGAUAUUAUCAUGACUAUUCUCCACCUUUUUUAACUGAUAUAAAACCUGAUUGUUAUGACUGGUAUACUGUAAAUGAACACAUCUUAGUGAUAAUCUUAUUUUAACGCUUUUCCUGGCGACAAAAAAAUUGCUAAAUUGUGAUUCCUGUGGCAAUUAUUUUUGGUGUGCUAAUUCAUUGUUCCGAUAACUUGUUUAAAUUCAUAAAUUCAACAAUACAUUAAACUUUGAGUCUGCUAAAAUAUGUUUGUCUACAGUAUAGCAAUUUUAAUUAUGAGGUGGAAUUUGGUUCGCAAUCUGUUAUUUGCAAAGAUUAAUUGAAAAGUCUUCAGACAUUUACAAUGAAAGUGUUCAUUUUGCUCCUUUACAAUUAACAAGAAGUGCUUUAUUUAAUAGUGAAGUAAUUAUAUAAAUAUUAUUGAUUUCAACCAAAAUAGGGGUUAACUUUAAUUUACCAUAAUUUAUGUGUUUAGUUGAAAUCAACAUUGAGUCUUCAUUGUGUCUGUCUUUCUAGUCAGUAUUAUACAUAUCAAAAAUUCAAAUAUUUUAAACUAACAAAAUAUGUUGUAGAAUGUACCAUAUAAUUUAUAUUACACAUUGUACAUAAUAUAUGUAAUCUUAAUGAUUACAUUUUUACCAGUGAAAUAUCGAAAAUUAUUCAUUCUCUAAAUGCAAUAUUUUUCACUAGUAAAAAAAAUAUCACUUUUGAUUUGACCAAUCAGAACACUGCUUACAAACGACAAUGGGGAAAAUUAAGAUUUGCAUAUAGCUCUUCUUCAUAUUAUAUGACAUCAUAAUUCAAGAUAGAAUACAUAACGUCACUAUUUGGGGUACAUUUGUGAGCUGUUGACAGGUGACAGUAAUGAAUUCUGGGAGAGACUGAGUGGCCUCAGUAUAUUCUGCAGUAAACAGAAUCUUCAGUAAUACACUGCCCUCCAAAAGUUCUGUUACACUUGGAACGUUUAAAUCGAAUGGCUAGCCAACAAAAUUUGCAAAAAGUGUUGUAAUAUCCGUAAGAUAGUCCAUUUGUAAGUGACGAUUGCAAAUUAUUUGAAAAAUACCUCAUUUCUUUGAAUUUGCAGGGAAAGGGAAUGGAGGGUCUUAUUUUCCAUAAUGUUCAAAAAUGAAUAAAAAUAAGUUGUUUCUUUCACUUAAAUUUGUUUAACAGAUUAACAGUUAAAAAAAA